AAUUGAUUCAUAUAUAAACGGAGUAAGCACUUUUUUCCCGUGAAGCUAGUCUAACACAGCUGAGAAAUCUCGCCGCCGUUAGAAGAAGAAGAAGAAGAAGAAGAUGGGAGUUUACACUUUCGUGUGCAAAAGCAAAGGCGGAGAAUGGACCGCGAAGCAACACGAGGGUGACCUUGAAGCCUCUGCUUCUUCCACUUACGAUCUCCAGCGCAAGCUUGUUCAGACUGCUCUCUCCACCGAUUCAUCCGGCGGCGUUACGUCUUCUUUCUCUCUCGUCUCUCCUACCUCAGCUGUUUGCCAGGUGAUCAUCGGUGGUGCUGUUGGAGGAGGAUUUGCUGCCGGAGGAGGUGCAGCAGCUGGAGGAGGCGGUGGUGCAGGUGAGGCCGCCGCAGCCACUAAGGAGGAAGAGAAGAAGAAGGAAGAAUCUGAAGAGGAAGAAGGAGACUUUGGAUUUGACCUCUUUGGUUAAGAGACGAACAAAAUCCUCUUUUGAAGCUUUUAGUUUGUUGUUUUCCAUUUUUCUUUUUUCUUCUUUUUGAGAUUGAACUUUUUAUGUUAAGAGACUAUAUGUAACGUCAGAAAUAUAUGUUGGUUUCUGGUUUCAACCCGAGUAAUGCAAUGCAACCGCGUUAUGCAAUGCAAACAUAUUUGGUCUUA